AUGUAUCAGUCCUUCACCGGCGCAUCGCGCAGGCCACGUCAGGUCAACCUCUCGGGCAAAAAUGCAAAUCCCUUCGCCGCCGCCAACAAUGCACUGGGUGGUCCACAAAGCGCAGUGCAGAACGCCCAUCUCGACCGACAACAACGACAGAAGCAACGGCAGGAGCUGAAUGCGGCAAAGACUGUUCAAAGGGUAUGGAGGGGUCACAACUCAAGGACCAAGACAAGAGAUGGAUGGCGCCAGCAAUGGGAUGCAAUAGAUCCGACAGCUGUUGACCCGAUACAACGACUGAACGGCCUCCUGCUGUUCUUCUCGCCCUCCAACAAGACCGAUGUCCAACGACUCAUCACAUUUGUCUCGGACCACUCAUUAGACACGACCGCUACGCACCAUCAUCUACGCUUGGAGAAGGCAUGCUUGGCAGCUCUGAAGCUGCCCAAUCCGCACCGGACUGACGAUCUACUCUCGGUUCUGACUUAUCUGGCCACCGCAAUACCCCAAGAGACAUCCCUCAUCUCCGUCGACUACUACACAACCCUCUCCAAACUAGAUCAGAGAUCACAUACAAGUAUUGGUCAAGCUGUAGCGGCUCCUCUCAGCUCACAUCUCCUUGCCGCUUACGAAGGCUUCGUUGCUGCAUACCUCACCACUCCUCUACAACUCACCACCCUCGAUCACUUCACACCCACCCUUGACUUCCCUCAACUCAUUCACGCCGCCUCGAAUGUCUCUACGGCUGCGACAUUAGAUACAAGACAUCGUCUAUGGCUUCUUGGCCAAUUCAUUUACCUCACUCAAGAGCGCGUGCGAGCCUCCGAUUAUGUGCCCGUCGUCGCACGACUUCUCUCUUCCCUGGCUGAGAUUAUUGCUCCAGAGGCUCCCGCUCUCGAUAUGACCAACAACGACUACGACCGCCUUGUCCUCGCCAAAAAUCCUACCCGUGUACAUCUGAAUAAGUUUCUGAGGGACCAGCUCUCACGACUAGUCGAUAAAGACGCAAUCCGCUCUUUGGUACCGCGACCGACUGCCACAUCAGAAACAUCCAUGCUGGACGAAACAUCAGAUUCCCAGUCUUUGGCCAGCUAUGCUCUGAUACUGUUGCGCAUCUUCCCAUUACGUGCUGAUGACAUACGCAUGUGGCUCUAUCUUGGUCCACUGGGUCAAUCCAAAAAGGAGGACACAAUCCCUGCCAUCGCAUACUUCUGGAAAGGUAUGCGCUCGACGUCCAUCUUUGCCAACAUCUACCGAGAUCCCCGUGCCGCCGUUGAGCUACUCAAAGCUCCAAAGGCGUCUGUUUCUGCUUGGAAACCACCCGGCUAUGAGGCAGAACACUCCAAGAAGAAUUCAGACUGGCGCGUCAUUCUCAUUUUCCUUGAACUUUUCACCUUUGUUCUGAAAAUCAUGGACGACGAAGAAUUUUUGGGUGCCAAUGCCGGGUCCAGUCUGCGGGACAGUAACAAUGCCCUGCCGAUCGAAGAUCUGAAGGACCUGACUAUAUUCCUGAAGAACCUGGGGUUUGCAAUGUAUUUCAACUCACAAGAGAUAUCCGAAUCCUUUGAACCAGGCCUUGACACUCUCAGCACGGCCAACUUGAGCCGCCAUUUCGGUGGCCCAUCAACUGCUGUAGAAUCAAAGCCCGACGCGCAACCACAGACCAUCUCGGUAGCCGGGACUGUUGGUAUGAGUCUUGAAUAUGUCAAGGGCUUAGUCACCGGAUUGCUCCGAUCCGUGUAUGAGCGUGAUUCGAGAAGAAAUUUCCUCCCCAAAGAGCACUGGCUGAUGGUUUCCCGACUCGACAUGACCAACUUCAUUCAAGCUGUGGUCGGCGAGGAUGAACGGCGACAACAGUUACAACAACAAGCCAUCGAGGACGGCGAUGAUCCUGGGGGACACGAUUCAGAACCGGAUGACUCCGAGUUCAUCUCCAUGACCCGUUCACAGCGAACUUACCAGCGCAACAACAGACAAGCUAGCACUGCGCGUUAUCUUCAAUCAGUCGCACCUCGACUUGAGAUCUUGCAGAACAUGCCGUUCAUGAUUCCUUUCGAGACAAGAGUUCAGAUCUUCCGUGAAUUCGUGCGCCUGGAUAUGAUGAAACGAAGAGAUGGGUUUGUUGAUCCGGACUUAUGGCGACACAGAAUAGCCUUUGGGACGUUUGGCCAAGGACGCGGUCAGACUGAUAUUGGACGCCAUCAUGCGAACGUUCGUCGUAAACACGAAUUCGAAGAUGCAUACAAACAAUUUUUCAGUCUUGGUGAUGGUCUCAAAGAGCCAAUUCAGAUCACUUUCUUGGAUGAGUUCGGCCUACAAGAAGCCGGUAUCGAUGGUGGAGGUGUUACCAAAGAGUUCUUGACCAGUAUCACCACUGAGGCUUUCAACCCGGAAAAGGGGCUUUUCAUGGAGAACAGUCAGCACUCCUUGUAUCCUGACCCGACUAGUGUUGAAGCGCUCAAGGAAAUGUUACGUCUGGAAGGAUACCCUGAUGACACUCAAGAGCAUCGAGAAUCCAGACAAGACCUCCUGCAGCGUUAUGAGUUUCUGGGCCGUGUUGUUGGAAAGUGUCUGUACGAAGGCAUCCUUAUUGAUAUCAACUUCGCCAGCUUCUUCCUCACUAAGUGGGCUCUCUUUGGUGGCAGGAAUUCAGCUUCCAGAGAGUCGAGCUACAGAGCAUCCAUCAACGACCUGCGCGAUCUCGACGAAGAGCUCUACCAGGGCUUGUUGAGCCUCAAGUACUACUCCGGCGAUGUCGCAGAAUGGGGCACCUACUUCGCCAUCAAUGACACUAUUCCCCUCCCCAACGGCCACACUAAAACCAUAGAACACGAACUCGUCCCUAAUGGCGCCAAUAAACUCGUCAACCGAGAGAACCGACUCCUUUACAUUUCAGCGGUUGCCCGCUACCGCCUCUCCCUCCAGUCUAAACCCCAAACUGACGCCUUCCUCGGCGGCCUCUCCAGCAUAAUCCAACCCUCCUGGCUCAACAUGUUCAACCAAAAAGAACUACAAACCCUCAUCGGUGGUGCCGCUUCUUCAAUCGACAUCUCCGACCUCCGCGCAAACACCGAAUAUAACGGCGUCUAUGUCAUCGGCGACGAUGGCGCAGAACACCCAUCCGUCCAACUCUUCUGGCAAGUAAUGCAAGAUCUCCCCGACGCCGACCGUAGGAAAGUGUUGAAAUUCGUCACCUCCACCCCUCGUGCCCCUUUGCUUGGGUUUGGCAGUUUGAAUCCGAGGUUCACGAUUAGAGAUUCCGGAGAGGACGAGCAUAGGUUUCCUACCGCGAGCACUUGUGUCAAUCUUUUGAAAUUGCCGAGGUUCAGGAGUCAGCAGGCAUUGAGAGAUAAAUUGCUCUAUGCUGUUAAUUCAGGUGCUGGGUUUGAUUUGAGUUGA